CGCUGGUGAAAGUAGGCUAUUAUUGUUAAUCGUAUUAGGCUUUAGUCUUGAUUUUUUUUGUUUUGUUUAGCCUAUUAACAUAAAUCUUCAUUAGUGAACACAUCUUACCAGAGACGCGAUUUAGUUUGUUUCAACGUAGACCUUACUGUCGCCAAGAAUUUGUAGUCUUUGUUGAAAUAUUGCAAUAACAACAAAAAUACCACAUUGUAGGUUCAUUGCAACAUCCGAACUAUAAACACACACCAGCGGAAAACCGCUCUCUCUGAGCCUCACACAACCCGUGUCUUUUGUUCCAGGAGUCAAGCCCGUAAGGAAUGGGGGGAAACGGAACAUGAGGCAAGGGAGGAAAGGGGACGAGGAAGAUCGUGCACAGUAGUGGUAUAAGCGACAACGUGAAUGGUGUUUGCAUGAAACGUCGGCACUGAGAUAGAGGGAAAGAUAACGGAGGCGAGGGAGAGAAAAAGAGGGGGGAGAGAGAGCGAGAUGCUGACAGAUUCCUGAUAGAUGUGCAAAAUGGCGCAAGCAUGUUCGACCCCUGCGAGCAAGCAAUUGUUGUAGCUCGAAACAUGAGGAUCUAACGCAAGCAAGACUUUAUUCUUUUUCGACUUGCUUUAUUUUUUUUAUUUUCUACGAGGAAAAGUAUUGGAUCCUUUGCUAAAGUGAUUUAAAUGGCUACCAGAAGGCGACACCUCGCUCCAGCCGUACUCGGAAUAUAUCUGUGCGCUUUUGUCGGUGUGUGUGCUGGCGCCGAGCUCUCCUUCACUCUGGAGCCCAGUGACAUCAUUGCCGUGCAGGAGCAGCCGCUCAUGUUGCACUGUCAGGUGGAUGGCAUGCCACCAAUCAGAACGCAGUGGCGACGCAACGGCACGCCCCUCUCGGCCGACCAGAACUACGCCAUGUUCGCCAACGGCUCGCUGCUGAUUGGCUGUUUCCAGAAGACGCGGCUGGACAGCUCGACGGACGAGGGCGACUACGAGUGUGUGGCCCAGAAUUCCUUUGGACUGGUGGUCAGCCGCAAGGCACGCGUACAGGCUGCCACGAUGGCAGACUUCCAUGAGCAGCCACGCUCAGUGAGAGGGGAGCUGUCAGGGGUCGGCCGCUUCCAGUGUCAGAUCCAUGGCCUGCCUGAGCCUGUCAUCAGCUGGGAGAAGGACGGACGUCCGGUGGACACCUCAGACCAGAGGUAUACUCUGUUGCCUACAGGUGUUCUGCAGAUCACAGGCUUGAGAGAGGAGGACAAUGGUGUGUUUUGCUGUGUAGCCCACAACAGUGCUGGAGUCAAGCACAGCAAUGGAGCCCACCUUACAGUCUCAGGCUCCCAGUCAGCUGUGUAUAAGGAGCCCAUGAUUCUGGUCGGUCCAGACAACCUCACCCUCAUUGUCCAUCAGACCGCCAUCUUGGAGUGUGUUGCCACGGGAUACCCCCGUCCCAUUGUGUCAUGGAGCCGACUGGAUGGUCGUCCCAUUGGUGUGGAGGGGAUUCAGGUGUUAGGUACGGGGAAUCUGAUGAUUUCAGACGUGAGGGUUCAGCACUCAGGAGUUUACGUCUGCGCCGCCAACAAACCAGGCACACGCGUCCGCAGGACUGCACAGGGACGACUGGUGGUGCAGGCCCCAGCGGAGUUUGUGCAGCCUCCCCAGUCCAUCUCUCGCCCGGUGGGCACCACUGCCAUCUUCACGUGCGUGGCGCAGGGCGAGCCCCCGCCGCACAUCACCUGGCUCAAGAACGGACAGGUGCUGGAGCCCAGCGGGCACGUCAAACUCAGGAACAACAACAGUACGUUGACCAUAGACGGUAUCAGUCAGGAGGACGAGGCCAUCUACCAGUGCAUCGCUGAGAACAGUGCGGGCUCCACUCAGGCCAGCGCCAGGCUGACAGUGCUGUGGGCCGACGGGCUGCCAGGCGUGCCCACCCAGGUGCGGGCACAGUCCCUCUCGCCCACUGCCAUCCAGGUGUCCUGGAAGGAGCCGGAACAACACACACAGGACAUCAUCGGCUACGUGCUGCACAUCCGCAAAACCGCAGAUCCAGCUGAGAUGGAGUAUCAGGAGGCGGUGAGCAAGUCGACGCUGCUGCAGGUGGUGGGCGAUCUAGAACCUUCCACCAGCUAUACGUUCUACGUCAAGGCCUACACGUCCCGCGGAGCCAGCAAACGCUCCGACACCACGGAGCAGAGCACACUCGGGGAGGUGCCAGCGUCCCCCUCUCUCUUCACGCGUGUGUUAAACAGCAGUGUGGUCCAGGCUGCAUGGGAAGCCUCUGCUAAGUUGAGUCAGCUGGACGGCUUCCGCCUGUACUACCGCAGACUCCACGCUCCCAUCUACUCCGGCCCGCUCACCUUCCCCAGGAACGUCACCCAGCACAACAUCACACAGCUGGAUCCAACUAUGGUGUAUGAGAUCAAGGUCCUGGCGUUCAACCAGCAUGGCGAUGGGAACGCCACCAUUCGCUUUGUGUCCCUGAAGGAGGCAGUGGAGAAAUCAGUGCUGAACCCUCCCUGUGACUGUGUGAAAGACGAGCCCAGUAAGAGCUCCACCACUGGCAUCAUCAUCGGCAUCCACAUCGGAGUCACCUGCAUCAUCUUCUGCGUACUCUUCCUUAUGUUCAGCUACAGGGGCAGGUUGAUGCUGUGUAAGACAGUACAGGCCACCCCUCAGGUCGGACGAGCCGCCGUGCAGGAGUCCUCCAGCUCUUCCCAGGGUGCACUGGGCCUCAACGGCAUCGCUCGGACGACCAGUGAGAUGCAGGGGGGGGUGUCCACAGCAACCAAACCCCACGGGGAAGCCAAUGAGAUGGAACGACUCUUUCCAGGCCCAUCCCACUUUGAAAUCUGCAUGGACAGCACACAUACGAUGGAGAGCUCCCUGGUCUCCUGUCCGUUCAACGAGACGCAGAUUUCCCCUCUGCCCCUGGGCGACCUGAGCCUGGUGGUGGAACAAGAGAUGCAGUUCCACCAGCUGCCUGCAGAGGGCCAGGAGGGCACCAGCCAGCAGGACCGGGGGUGAUGAAAACAAACAAAACAUGAAGGCCAAGACUGGAACGUUUCCAUGACGACCAGUUUACAGACUCCUUACCAGCUCAGGUCAACCCCAAUAUUUCCCCCCUCCUCUGUUAGAUUUAUUCACCUCUAUUUUAUCUUAUUUUAUUUUAAAGGUUUUUUUUUUGGUUUUUAUUGUUGCUAACUUAAGUUUCCUUGUGGGGAAAAGACAGGCUUGCCCUUGGAGGCGUGGCAAUUGUCUAGAUUGUGGGUGUGGCUCUGCUAUAGACAGACAGGCUGAUUCGAAGUGGCAGGUGGAGCAAAGAGUUUCUUACAUUUUUUUGUCAAAUGCCAACAGCACACAGAAUAACAACCCCCCUCCAGCAUUUGUUUUAUCCGCUCAAAAGAACAACAGAAGCUAUCUUCUCUAUGGUGCCAUUGAUAUCUGUCCAUCUUCCAGAUGUUCUAUGGUUUGAAUAUGAUUGUUUUUUUUAUGCUGUAUUAAGUGAACUCCAGCUGCCAACUCUUAGCCUACCAAUGAUUCCACAACCCUUCAGCUGGAGAUGAUGGCCUUCUCCCGGGGACAUGAUCUGUCCCACCCCCUCUCUCUCAGGACGCUCACUGAAGAUGAUAUAAAAAAAUGGGUUUUCUGGAAGUUUCCCUGCUCUGCUAAACCAGGCUGGACUUUGGCUAUGUGAAACUUAUUUUUUUUUUGUUUGUUUGUUUUUGGUUGGUUGUUUAUAUAUUUUCUUUGUUUUGUAACAAAAGCCUACCUCAACCGGAAUGAAUGUGUUUUUUGGGAAGCCUUUUUGGGAUCUUCGUCUUCCCGUAUGUUCAGUUACGUGACACGUUUGAGCGAAAAUGUCAGAGAGAAAUGCUUAAAGAGGAAAAGAAGGAGAAAAAAAAAACAGGUGCCGUACUACCUCAGAUGUCACAACUCCAACACACUCUCUCUCACUGCUAAGAAAUCACGAAAAGAGAAAAUAUUUUAAAAAGAAAAAAAAAAAAGUAUCCAACAUAUAGCACUUCUAAAUGCCGAAGUUCAUGUUCUACCUCAAAAUUUAACAAUGUUGUUGUUGUUGUUGUUGUUGUUGUUGUCAAUGUUGUUAUUAUUGUUUUUUUUGUCCUAAUUAUUUUGAAUUUCUCUUUGUUCCUUUGUCAUUUCGGUUGUGAGAUCCUGGCUUCCCCUUUUGGUUAUGAUGUUCUUGCAGUGGAUAUGAUAUGACCUCAUACACAUCAGCAAAUGAUCGUGCUCAUUUUUAAUUCUGUUUGUAAAGCAGUACUAGCAGAAAAGGGCGGCGGAAUUUAUUUUUUGUAGUGUUCCAUAGUUACCGUGUAGUGGUGACACUGCUGGGACGGUUAUGAGUUUUCCAGGUGAGUAUUUUUUUUAAGUUGUUUUGAAUAUCCUGUUGCUGCUGUCGCUAUAGGGGUAGAGAGAGAACUACAGAUGCACUGCUCAGAACAACUUCAGGUUGCGCUAACACACACACACACUCACACACACAUGCACCACUUCCCAUGUGGGAAGACGUCAAUGUUAUCGAUUCAACACACACAUCGCUGAUUAUGUGAGGAGAUACUGAUGGUGCUAACCACACACACACACACACACACACACACACACACACACUCACUCACUGAGAUGCCAACUGUGUUUCGAGAGAAAAGCCAAUACAAGUUGAUCUUAGUUAGAUGAAAGCAUGCAUCAUAGAUAGAGCUCAUGAGGGAGUCGCGGUAGAAAUCACCCCUCUCAUUCUUGCAUCCUGCUGAGUGCAGUGGCCAGGUGAUGGAGAAGUGGGAAGGGGCGUAUGAUGGAGCAUUACUCAAGAAUGAAGCACAGCAUUGAUCUCAGUAUCUUCUUGGCCAUAAGGUGUAUGUGUGUGAGAGAGAGAGAGAGAGAAGGAAGUGGGGGUGUAAGUAUCUCCCCUAUUGUGUAAAGUCAUUGGGGUUUCCCACAGUGAGCGAGUGAAGUGCGAUGCCGGCGCGUUUUAGUGACCUCAUCAGAAGGAGACACUUACCCUAGGGCAAAACCUCCCAACCCAGCCUUCAUAGAGGUGGACUCCAUGCUACUAGGCCGGAUCUGGCCUCAAUUUGGACCACAUGUGGCCCGGAUCCGGAUCUAGAGCGCAGACCCAUAUCAGAGUUAGCAGAUCAGAACCAAGCCAUGCUAACCAAGUCAUGGCUAGUAUUAAUGCGUAGUGCCAUAGGGGGGUUUACAUGGCUAGUAUUAAUGCGAAGUGCCAUAAGGGGGUUCACAUGGCUAGUAUUAAUGCAUAGUGCCAUAAGGGGAUUCACAUGAAGUGGAACUGACACCAGAUCAUUCAUUUUUGUACCUUUUUGAAGAAAGGUGAAAGAAGGUAACACAGAGAGAAAAAAAAAACAUGUCUGUGUAAGCAACAGUCUCUAAUUCCCUACACAUUGCUUGCAUGCACUUCAUUCCCAUGACUGUUGCGUUAGGGGAGCCUGUUGCGUGUCCCUAAACCUGAGGAUCGCAGUGGCAGGAGCUCUGUUGGGGUGGUGCUCAGAGCUCACAGUGGAUGGGAGGCCAGGCAGUAUUGGGGGUCGCUCACUCUGUCGGACGGCCAACACCCCUGGAGGCAUUUAUUUAUAGUUCUUUACUACUUAGACACAACACACAACUCACACAGACUCUUUCUCUUGCUGUCUCUCGUUCUUUGUGUCUUUCUCUCUCUCUCACACCUCCCCUUUACUCCUCCAUCCCUUGUUCUCUCCUUCUCUCUCUGUGUUUUCCUGGUUGUGUGUCACGUUGUGUUCCAAUGCAUGUUUCUGUGGUAACCUACCUCAGUGCAACAACCAAGCUCUCAGGACCUCUCAAAGCCUCUCUGUUUAAGGGAGGUAAUAUACUGUACACUAAAUCUCUUAUUUUUACACACACACACACACACACACACACACACACACACACACACACACACACACACACACACACUCACACUCACAAGAGGGUUAGGGUCAGAGAAAAAGCUCUGUGGGUUCCUCAUGCAAGAACAUGACAUAAAACACACACAGACACACACUCAAAUGCAACUCACUAGGUUGCUAUGUUCAACUCCUAUGGACGUGAAUGUAGCACGUUGUCUUCAUGUUCUUAGUGCUCUGACUCUCCAGUCCAUAUCAGUAGGUUCAAGUCAAAAAGACACACUGGUUUGCUCUCGCCCAGAGAGCUCUGUGCAUGGUUCGCCAAUCUUACAUGUGUGUAAAUAUCCACUGUCGUCCACAUUUCUCUCCAGACCUUCGGUGCUACAAGUUGCAUCUCCAGGAAACAGUGUUGAUGGUGAAGCAGUUGCUUAAAGUAAUAUAUUUACCUCUGUUUUUUUUUGGUUUUGGGGGGUGGGGGACAUGUACACGUUACACUGAAACAAAAAAUGGCACGUGAUUUCUCAGGACAUUCCAAGGGGACUUUGAACACAAGAUUUACCAUCCUGACUCCAAUAUAAUGGAUGUUUUUUUUUAUUGUUCUUAUCGUGUUAUGUAGUCUAAACAAUGUUUCUUACUGGCUCUGCUGCUUUUAACUUUGAAGACAAGUGUUGGACCCUGCAGUACAAACUGGUUUUCAUUCAUGUUUUUUUUUUGUCUUUUAUUUUCAUUUUCAAACAUUUUUCAAAUGUUUGUUUUGUUAUGCAGUCAAUUGGUGUUUCUGUUUAGUUUGAUGAAUUGUCCAUGUUCAGUAUAUUGUUAUGAGAUGUAGAGGUGUCAGCUAGCUGGAGGACAAAAUGGCGCUCAACUACAUUUUGCCUACCUGUGUAUUUAUGAACUGCUACCAAUAUGAUGACGUGUAAUUAGCGGUGGUCCUAAAUGGAGUGGAUAGACUGUAACAUGUGUGUUUUGUAGGUUGGGCACUCCACGGAAAGAGACAAAGAGCAAGAAAGAGAAGGAGAAAGAUGGAGGGAGGGAUGAAAAGAGUAUAAUCUGCGUGUGAUACCUGCCAUAGGACCUCCGAUGUUUAUACCCAGAACGCCUUGUGAUAAGUUAGCGGCGUUCACCAGAUCCGAUGAGAUCCACGUCUCUCUCUCUUUCGGCUCCUGAAGGGUCAUUUGUAAUUGUAAAGAGUUGCCUGUGAAAUGUCCUGUCUUACACUUCGGCUUUUGUGGCCAGUGCAGUCAGACGACGCUGAACAUCUAGUCUCAGAGCACCAAUCACUCCUCAGUUUGCCUUUCGAUCGGUGUAUCGGACGUCUUCCCUCCUGUUUCUCAAAAAUGUCUUUAUUUUUUAUCAUAUUUUCUCUCCUGUCUGCUUUUUCUUUGGAUACCCGUCCGCUGAGUUUGCCUCAAAGACAGAAAUGAGUGUGCUGUGCGGGCACACUGCCCUCAGGGAUGUUUUAAUUGGCUGAGAUGUCUGACAGACAGACUGGGCCUCCUAUCCCUGUGCACCCUUUCCCCCUGGGCAGUUCCCAAAAGCACUGUUGAACAACUACUGCUGUUAAAUGGUAAAGAGAGUAUCAUUUUGAACACUCUCUCUCUCCUAGUUAGUACGGUGUUUGCUCAAUGAUACGUUCAGAAACGCAUCUCAGAUUUCCCUCCUGCACUCCUGCACUUGUUCCUGCUGGUCUUUCCCAUUCGCCUCCUUUCUUCCUCAACCUCAUCAGCUAAACCAACAGCAGUAGAGGGGGUUGAUGGCACACACACACACACACACACACACACACACACACACACAUACAGCACCAGCCUGCAGUAAUCCCACACAUUGAAGGGGCUGCUGCCUUCAUCAUUCACUGGUUAAAGGCUUCACAAAUGCCUUUAAAAUAGGGGGUUUGUCUCCAUCUCCCUAAGCCAUCUGUGGGCCCCUCUUCACACACACUCACACACACACACACACACACACAGCGAGGCACAUCUCUGUAAAGAAAGGGUUGUUUGUCAGUAUACCCCCCUACACACACAUACACACACACAUUGCCCCCCCUUCCCUUUUCUCCAUAUUAGCAGGCGAGCGUUAGCAUAUAGCACCGUCUCCGGUUCUAUGGCAACCCGCAGCUAUUUGUGACCGCGGAGCGGAGAUCAAACUGUGAAUCUGUAAAACAAACAUCUCCUUUCUCCUCCGGAUAAUGUCCAACCGUCUCAGGCACAUAUGCCUCCCCUCAUGAAGGGGGAUUAAAGAUGCAACCGUUUCUCCUUGCCUUUCCCCCGCUCGCGUUCCCUCGCUCUCUCUUUGUUGUUGCUCUCAAUCGUCCCUUUCUUUCACGCCCUAGGUGAAGGGCUCCUGUGAGAAAGCGACCCCAAGCAGUCCGUCAUGCCUCCUUAAGUCAUCCCAGCGUGUGUGUGUCUGUGUGUGUGUGUGUACGACACAGGGCCCUGUUGUGUGCUAGGCCUCUCGUGUGCUCCCGGCCUUCUGGAACCAAAGCUGGAAAGGUGCAUCAACUGGAUCGAGUAAGCUCUCAUCUCAAGACCGUGUUCUGUUGUAUUUAUUGUUUUAGAUGAUAACUUAUUUUUCGUUAGACGACGCGAACAGCCGGGGAACUACUGAUGUCAACUCAUGGUGCUACCGCUAAAGUGCUGGACAACUCGUACUCAAAGCAGGUGUUACUAUAUCAAUGGCAGUGGCUGACAUGCCGUGUUGCAUUAGCCGGUCAGGGGACGUGAGACAAUGGAAGCAGUGUGUGUGUGUGUGUGUGUACCCGCGUGUGUGUAUGCGUGUGCGUGUGUGUUGAUAUGAGAGAAUGGGAAGCAUGGUGCUGAUGUUGUUCUGUUGUGCUCAUUUGGUAUGGCUAAGGUAAACAUGGCAUGUGCGUUCAUGUGUGAGAGAGUUACUUCAUCGGAAGUAUGCGUGGCAGUCAUCUCGAACGCAGUCUCUUCUCUAUCCAUACCCAGAUAAGGUCAUCCUUCAACCCCCCCCCCCCCCACACACACACACACACACACACCUUGAAUGACGAGCUUUCCACCCUGCGUCGCAAUCUGCAUUUCAUUUUCACCCUGGUACUGAAUUCCCCCUGCGUCUGAUAGUGCGAGUGAAUCAUGUUUGUAGUGGCUGCGUUGGGCGAGGCUCCUCAGAGAGUGCCCUCUGGGCUCCUAUAACCGUGCCAUCAGUGGCUCAUUUGUGCAAACGCACCCUCAUCAGCGGUUGAUGUAACAUAGUGGUAAUUAACAGCCGUGUCAGCUAGAUUUGUUCAUUAUUCCUUUCCAUCCUCGCCUGAACAUGUCAUUGAGAAGAGUGAGAGAGUGUAGUCUGUGUAGAGGAAGUAUAGGAGUGGUUUUUCUGUACAGAACAGUGUCAUCUCUAGAUGAGCGCCCAGAGUCCCACGUGUUGUCAUAGUAAUGGCCUUCGUCCAGCGUGUUGCUUGCUCUUGAACAGGCCCAGGUACAGGUGCGGGUGAUUCAAAGUGGAGGUUAUGUAAGUGUUGCUUGCUCUUGAACAGGCACAGGUACAGGUACAGGUGAUUCACAGUGGACAUUAUGUAAGUGCCAACUAAUGGAGUGUGAACAGGAUUGUGGUUUGUUUGCCUUUGUUUAUUGUCUACUUAUGAUUGGCCAAUUAUUGUUGCGGAAUUAGCUGUUUGGUUUUGCAUACCCCCAGCCAAGAGGUGUCAACUCAUCACUUUCAGGUCUGCGUUAUUCUCCCAUCACCCCUUGCUGUUUUCCAUGAGGCUGUGUCAGCUCGCUGUCUCUCCAGGUCCUGUAAUUGAUGUCACUGUCAAAACAGCUUAUCAGCUUCUUGAUGAAACCUGUGGGGAUGAAUCAGCCACCUGCUACAUGCAUUUAUUACACAGAUUGUGUGUUUGUUUUAGUGUGUGUGUGUGUGUGUGUGUAGGGAAAGAUUAGAGGGGUGUAUUGCCUCAGGAAGCUUCAUGCUAAGCUACUGUAGCAAAAUCGCACACACAGACACACACACACACACUUAUCUACUGGCUCCAAUGUACAUGUCAGUCCGACAUUUUUCCUGACAUGCUUGUUUAUAGACCAUUCUUAACACGGAUCACAACAUUUCUUAACAUACAUAAAUAUGCACAUACAGGCAUGGCUUCCUCCCUUCACCUAUACCGGUCGCUGUGCCAUCGCCAUAGAAACAGCUGCUAUUGUGAGGUCAUACGGAGAUCACUGCAGGGGUUAGAAUGUGGAAGUUACAGGAGCCAGUAGCAGUAGCCAAUCAAAUUGUGGGGCAUCACACAGGGUCAGAACUGGUGGCAUGAUAACGCAUGGUAGUGUAACAUGUGUCGGGGGCGUGUGUGCGUGUGCGUUUGUGUGUGCGUGUGCGUGUGUGUGUUGGCAUAGCAGCUUUCUGCCUCCAUUCCCUCCUCCUCAGCAUUCUCAACUUGUCAGUCAGGAGCCACAUAUAGAGCUGAAGCAUUCAGUAGCCCAGUGAUGGCCAGUGUAGUCCGCGUCAGUGGAGCGCCUGCUGGACUCUGGGCUAUGGGGGAAGAGUCUGCUGUCUUGGAGCUCAGAGUCCUGAGCGAUUGAGUUUUCAGACAGAAACAAGAAGACGAGACGAAGGAAGAGGAAAGAAAAGGCUUUAGUGAGCACAAGGAAAGGAAAGAGAACAAAGAGGAUGAAGAGUCGUAGCGUGUGUUUGUGUGUGUGUGUGUGUGUGUAUCCAGCGUUUCCUGGCUGUCCUCUUUCAGGUCAGUGCCUCCAUUUGAUCAAGCGACUCCGUUUUUUCCUUGAAUUCAGGUCAAUUUGAAACAAUGCAGGAGAAUCUCAGAGUAUUUUUUUGUUUUUCUUCUUCUGUUUUUUUUUAUGUCAUCAGGGAACACUGCAUUCCUGUGUUUUCCCCAUGCUCCGUAACUGGAUCUUGCUCAGGCAGAACCACAUGAUAGUGUUUGUAUACUGGUGUACAUAUGCAUAUAGAUGUAUGUGUAUAUGUAUAUUUGUAUAAAUAUUGAGUCAAAUCUUGACCGUUUUUAGUGGGUUGUAUUGUUUUAGGGUUCAUUGUGCAACAUUGAUUAAAAAAAGACAACAACAAUACAAUAAUACAAUAAACUAGUUCUAGUAAUAAAACACAACUUGAGUGGAUUUCUUCUUUUCUCUCUCUUUGUGUGUGUGCGUGUGUGUGUGUGUGUGUGUGUACACGUGAGUGGAUGCAAGUCUGUCUCUGCCUUUGUUUACUUGUUUGUGUGUGUCUACGAAGGCCCUUGCGUCCAUGUGCUCCU